UUUGGAAAGGGGAGUUAUUCCCGCGUGUGCAGAAAGAUUUCAAUUCGUUUACGUGAAACAUUCCAGAAAGUGGUGAAUCGUCUGUUUUGAAGUGUAAGAAGGAGGGAAAGAAACCGCAGUGUUAUCAGAAUGGACGGAGUGUUAUGUCAAACAUCGCCCGACUGUGUUGGCCAGUCAGCGGGUAUUGAUAUGUGUAUUGGCUCGACCGAGGCAGAAGCACAGAUUUCUUGUCUUCCUGCUUGGAAACGGGAGCUGAUUCGUAAAAAAAGGCUAAACAAUGGACUUGGAUCUUGUAACGUUCAAUCAGAUUGGAGAGGAAUAAGAGGACAACCAUCUGCCAUUACACUUGGUUUGGAAAACCGUACGCGAGAGCGAUUGCGGAUCCCUAGUAAAGGUCUAGUGGCCUCAUUGCAGACGGUUUACGAACCGCUAGUAGAAGGUGAGCCGCUGGGAGAAGGCAGGAUGUUGGCCCGGCCAUUGCAAGGUGCUGGCCCUCUACACGGUUUGGAAUCCGCCUCCAAUCCGCCUCCGCUAUCUAAUACAACGCAGUUAGGGGCGGGAAAAGAGUCUUCCAUUGAGGCUUUCAGUUCCAGUCAGUCGCGAUCGGUGAGCGGUCGCUCACCCAACCGCUUCACUGAUCUGCCUGGCGCCCGUGUAACAAACAGUGCCAACAGCGCAAGUGUCAUCGAGCACGUCAUCGCCCCCAAUCACAAUCAACCUCUGGCAACAACACCCACCCGACGCCUGUCGGAACCCAAUAGGACGCGAACGAUCAUGGUAGAAGAAACACGAAUGAAGAGCUCAACCGCCUCGCAGGUCGACAUGGUUGGCAACCGACCGAAAAUCACCACCAAGGGACUAAACGCUUUGAAAGCCAUGACUGGCAACCGGGACAAUGAAGACGAAGAACUCCAGUACGGUCCGGGAAUCGUUAACAAGCUCAAAUCACGGUACUUGAGUCGUACGUUACGUGAAAGACCGCUCGGCGAGUCCCGUCGACCGUCGCUCCGUCGUGCCGCCAGCCUGGAAGACUGGCUCGACAAAGACUCGAGUCCUCCGCAUCCAUCGUCGAACGACAAUAAUUUUGCAGUUCUCGUGCGUUCGUCCAACGGCAGGGCCAAGAGCGAACGGCCUGCCUCUUUAAACUUGGCGGCUCCAACGGCCGAACCCAAGUUACCACCGCGGCCCCUCUCUUCCAGCCCCGUCAAGAUUCGCGAUUUGAAGAAGACUCGAUCCGUCGACUGCGUGUCACAGCAGCCGACAUGGCGAAGUGUUGCUGCCAGUGAUUUGGUUGUCGUGCCUUCUGCCCAGCAACAGCCGAAGCCUUCAAAAGCCCAGGCCACCGUGCCACCUAGCCCAACUGUCUCGAGUCCCAAAACACCGGUUCACCUGCUCUUGGGCAAAGAUGCCAUUGUCAUCGUCGACAAAGACGACAAUCAAGUGGCCGCAACCGACGAGAGCAAGGGCACCGUGGCUGCCGUAACCGCCCAUACGGCUCCCACGGCCUCCUCACCCGGAGCGUCGAAAGCGCGCCGAACUUUGCCCACAAACAUUCGCUACAAUGUGGAGGACGCCGAGCUGCCAGCUCCGGAUACAGUGCGCCAAGUCAAGCGCAUUUUCGAGAGCGGAUCAGGUCGCAAGGUGUUGAGUACUCGGCGAUCUCAGAGUGCCGGACCGGGCAUCAACCGAACGCCUCUCUCAGCUGCAAACCAGACGAUUGAAAAAUCGAACAUUCAUCGAAUGAAUCAAGUCAACUUGGUGAACAACAAGAGCAUUUCUUCGGUGGCGCGCAAAAAGUCAGAGAGCACGCCGCGUAUCACUGAAUUGGUAUCGUCCGAUACCAAACCAGUUGUUAUAACUAAACCGUCUCCCAUUGGACCCAAGCCGGCCGUCUUGAGUCCAAAACCGGCCGUUGUCAUCGACAAAACACGUGUAGUGCAAUCGUCGUCGUCUAACGGGGCACCGUCCCUCCAACGGACGACGGCCCCUCCCGCGAAACUCGCCGCCCAACCUGCCCCAACCGCCGCCUUUGUAUCCAGCGUGACUGCCCCGACUAGUAAAGAAUCUAGCGACCAACUUGACAACAAGGAUGAAUUGGAAAAUCAUGCCGGUGGUCACGGCUUCAAAAUCAUAUCUAAAACUGCCUUAGAUAACAUUCGUGAGGAGAGCAAUAGCGUCAAGUUCAACUUUGACGAGAAGAAGGACGACAAGUCGCCGUUUUCGUUAGGCUCAGUCCAAUCGAGGCAGGUGGGCGUCAUCAGACCUCAGCCAAAGUCACCUGUCAUUCACAACGACAAACCCGUUGUGCUCGAAGAGUUGGCACCCAAGGAUGACGUUGACUCUGUCUCGAAAAAAGAGGAGCUUUUAGUGACGGCCGCGUCCAACACCGUCUUGAUUGGCCUCGCCAAAAGCCAACCCAAGACUGAACUCGCACAAUCGCAGACGACAAGCAAACCUGCCAGUCCGGCCGUUUUUGCUCCCAAAUUCCAGGCGGCGAGCCGCACGAAACAGAUUACUGCUCCAGCAACCGUUUCUAAAUCGGAGCCUGUUAUUUUGACUCACGUUAUUUCGCCGUCCAGUCCGACGGCGCCGGAUCCCGCCUCGGUUUCUGUAACCCCGCCGGCCGAAAAGAAGGCGACAGACAACCCGACGGUGGUGACAGUUCCCGCGGUCAAGACCCUCUCGUCCAGUAGCCAAAUCAUCGCCAAGCCAUCCAACAGUGCGCCAGUAAACGCGGCCGUCGGGGCUCAUUCGAUUAGUAGUGGAACGACGCGUGAACAGCCGACCAAAAAAUGGCACCCUCAUCAAUCUGAAACUACCACCGUUUUCAAUUUCGUCAACGACACUUCCAGAAAAACAGAUCACAUUCGCAACGAAGGUGGAUCAUCAGGAAUUCUUGUCUACAAGUCCAAUGAUUCUGGCAUUACCAAAUUGCCCGACUACGACCCCGGUGAAUCAUCCGACUUCAUUGACGAUUUGGAUAUAUUAAAACGACCUCCAUCACCAUGCAAUGUGGACUUCGAAGGGGCCAAUGUUAUUGUUGGGAAAUCGCUUAUACAACGCCGAUCCAAGAAAAGCAAGAUGAAUAUCAGUUUCAACGACGACAUGACCAAACUCUUCGAGUACCCUUCGGAAACAUCCCUUCUUGAAGAGGGCGACGACGUCAAGUCCAGUUCAAAGAAAUCCGAUCAAGAUUUCCGAGAAACGCCUUCACAGAUUGCCACGUCGAACUCGAAAGGAGGCCUGUCCAGCUAUACUCCGAGUAAAGUGCAUUUUGAAACCACCUUCGAGCUUGGAAUAUCUCGUUCAACGUUACCUGAUUCUUCACUGGAUCCGAAUCCACCCAGUUCACCCCUUCAGAUAGAUUCAGUUUUGCACUACAUCAAACCUGCCGAAGAGAGUACAACGUGGAGCGCUGAGACAACGGCCGAUUUGCUCUUUUGAAAUGCGGGUUCCGUGGAUUAACCGACUAAUGGUUCAACGAAGAUAAUGAUAAACAAAUAGGAAGAUAAAAGAAAAAAAUGUCGACGAAAAGGAAACGAAACAAAGACGCAAACAUCGUAAAACAAAAUAAAACAAAAGCAAUGAAAAUAAAAAUAAAAAAAGAAAUCUAAAUCAAUCAAUAUGCAAGCAAAAAAAAAAAAAGAGAAAAAGCAAGCAAACCGAAACGUCAAAAAACUGUCAUCUCGUUGAGUGGUGGUGCCACACUUGGAUGAUGUAAUUGAAUCUGUCCAAGCAAAGAAAUUCUACUUAACUGACAUGUUGUGUUAAUAUUCACUUAUGGGAAAGAGCAAACGUUUGAUAAACUUCACACAGAAGUAUGUUAAAACAAAGGGUUCCCAAUUCUUAAAAAUUCCAUCGAUAGUCUCAUGCUAAUUCAGUUCAUGUAAUACCAUAUUCCAUUACGUUGAACGACUGUAGUGCCCUUCAAACGAGUGAAUUGCGUACGCCGUCAUUUACAGUAACCGUAUUGUCAUUAAACACGUUUAGUUGUAGCAGUAGUUUUGUACUUGUGUUCUAUCACGUACGACGCUGAACUCUUGUUUGUUUUUUACGUUUGUUUAUUUUCAGUUCUUUUCAUUUGUUGUCUUUCUGUAUUCGAAUGUUGGCUGAGGUUUUUGAGCCACUGUAACAACGUGAUUGUGGACGACCAAACGCAUUUCCUCCCGUUACGUUUGAAAGUUGAAAUGAUGUAGCAUUCAUUCACAGCCUCUAUUACCGCCUUUCAUUGCAGUUUCGUUCAAGACUGCAGAAACACGUGUCGGAUCAGAAGAUCCACAUGAAUUAAACUUUUGCGGACCAAUAAGCAUUCGCAGAUUUUAAAAAAAAAUACCGUUUCCUUGCAAAGACAAUUGAUUAUACAUUCACCUAGUACAGAAGCGGCAAGCUCUAACCCUGCCCUUAUUUGUAUUCCAUGUUUGUUCCUUUUUCAUCUCUUUUGUUUCUCUUUUUGUACUAGCUGUGUAGACGAAUCUUUUGUGAUAAUGUUCUUAUAGCGCAGUUUUGAUUUUGAGAAACGUUUGCGCAGUUCUUGAUGUUUCACCAUUGUUGUUCUGCUCCUGAAAAUACAAAUGGCUUAAAAAAAAAGAAA